ACUUUGCUACUUUUUUACAGAACAUGUAGAAACCCCUACACCUUAUUCAUCCAUCGUCGCAUAACUCCAUAGACUCAUUACCUCUCUCUUUCUUCCCUCCUCAUCUUUCCCACCCUCACUUCUGAAAAUAUUAUGAACCCACCGUUUGUACGCACUUUCCAUCAAAAAAUAGAAUACUUAUCGUCAUCCUCAAUAAGAAAUAUUCACUUGUUUCUUUAAGGAUAAGUUUUGUUUUCUCAUCAUCUUUCUUCGAGUUUUCCAGUUGAGUCUCAUCUCUUCGCUUGAGGUUUUUUUUCACUCGUUCUCUUAGUCGGACACUUCGUUCCUUUCAAAAGUUGUGUUAAGUUUCUUCAAAUAGGAUUAUAUAAGAAUCAUGUCUUCAAUUCUUGCCAAUGGUCCUGGUCUUUCUUCAGGUAAAGCAGGUGAACCCUGUAAAUUUACCAUUCUUUCACCUCCUGGAUCAACGAAAUUUAAUCCUGCCUCUUGUUCCGUUGCUUUCGAGGGUCCGUCAAAACCUGAGAUCAAAUUUGUGACCAACAAAGAUGGUACCGUUGAAUGUACUUGGACACCAAAGCUUCCAGGAAAUUAUAAAAUCUAUGUACGUUAUGAGGAUAAAGAAAUCGCUGGUUCACCUUUUCUGUGUAAAAUAACUGGAGGUGAAGAAUUGGCCAAACAACAGGUUGGAAAGAUAAAGUGCUCUGGUGCCGCAUUGAAAGAUGGUAAAACUCAUGUAACCAAUGAGAUUGUGGUGGAUACAAAGGAGUCAGGAAUCAUUGGUGGACUUAAUGUUUCCAUGGAAGGUCCUGCUAAACCGGAAAUCAAUUUCAAAAACACUUCAGGAGGCAUUUUGAUUCUUCAAUACAAACCAACCCAACCCGGUAACUAUAAGCUUCAUCUCAAGUUCCAAGAGAUUCAUGUUCCCGGUUCUCCGUUCCAAAUCAAAGUUACCUAAACACCAAAAAGAACAAACAAAAUAACCAAACAUCAACAAGAAAUUAUUAUGAAGGAAAUUCAGCAAAAAAAAAUAAAACAAAGAAAAGGAAAACAAAUUAACCAGAGAAAUAAAAAACUUACCAAUUGUAACUGAAGAUCAACAAAUUAUCCAACUAAUUGAUUAAAGAAAUUGUGAUGGUCAACAGAAAGAAUCUAAUCUAUGGUCACUAAACAAUUAAAAAAAGAAAGAAUUAAGUUAAUUUUCAACGAAAAUUAGAAAGAAAAUGUAAUCAAAGACAAAGAAAAACAUCAAAUAACCGAAUGAGUCACAAAUUUAUUUGUUCUUUUCCCUCCUUUUCUUUUCUUCUCUUUCUUCUUCUCUGUCUAAUUUUCUUUUUUGUUCUUCUUGACAUAAAAUUGACAUAAAAUUGUUGUUCAAAGUGAAAA